UAGUCUAAACACAACAUGAAAUUUUCAAGUUAGUUAGAAACGAUACUAUAUAAUGUUUAAAUUGUGUCGACAAGGAACGAAUUUAUAUCAUAAUUUGUCAUUUCUACUUUAAUUAAUUAGCUGUACAGAUCAUUAGGUGCUAAUUUUAUAUGUGAGCAACGUUAGCUGGCUAACUAAAUAUUUUAAGGUUAAUGUUUAGGAACCAAAUAAUCUUAUUGGCUGGUUAAUUUGUAAGUAAACAAUGCCUGUGGUAUUAAAUGUUUUGAAAUGCUGCUGUUUUAAAUCAUAACUAAUGAAUUACAGCUUCAUACACUGCAGUUCAGCUGUAGCAGCACUCAGACCUGCUGCCUCUCUCCAGCCUGUGCUGAGCUUCUCUCCUGACUGACUUUAUUAGUAUUAUUAUUAUUAUAUAAUAUUAUAUAGUGUUAUACUAUAAAGUAUUAUAUUAUUAGUAUUAUACAACAGUCUGGCAGCUUUUGGAUCCAAACAUAUAAAAGCCUGCAAUUUAAACCCCUGUAAACUGAGGAUGGAUGAGGAUAGAGGGAAAGAAGACUCCAGAUGGACUGGAAAACAGGUCACCCUGAACAGCAAUGAUUUUUCCUUGGCUCAGCAUCCCUGGCACAGCACCCCAGUAAAGAAGCAUCCAGAUGAAAGCAGCACGGCGGGGCGAUCGCAGAAACCUUCUAAUCAUUUAUCAUCUCUGUCCUAUAUGCAGAGCUCUAAGACUGCAGCACUCGAGAUGGAAAUCUCUACCAUUGAAAAGCAGCGGACGGAGCUGCAGCUCCUGAUAGCAGAGCUGAAAGACCGAGACCAGGAGCUGAACACCAUGGCAGCGGCCCACCACAGCCAGCUCCAGGCCUGGGAGCAGGACCGCCAGAGAGUGCUGACUCUGGAGCAGCGGUGUGGACGGCUUGAGGAUGAGCUGCGGAAGCGUAAUGAGGUGAUCCGAGCCAUCAGCAAGCGUCUGAAGGUCGUGGAAGCUCAGGAGAAGGACAGUUACAGAGAGCUCAGCACGACCCGACAGCGACUUCAGGAGCUAACCGAGAGACAAGAGCACAGCAGCCAACAGCGCCACAGCCUGGAGGAGACGAAUCAGAGUCUGAACACCACCAUCAUGACUCUCUCGUCUCAGGUUGGCCAGUUGCAGGUUCAUGAAGAGGAGCUCAACUCCAUGCUGAAAUUAAAGGACAAAGACCUGAUGGCAGCCACUAGUCACAUCUUAGGCCUGACCAAUCGGCUGCAAGAAUCCGAAACAUCAUUAAAGGAGUCUCAGGAACGUGUGGGCAAACUGUUACGGGAAGCGGAGGAAUACAAGCGUCGGUUCAGAGAAGCCAGAUUUAAUAACGUCCAGCUGAAAGAUGAGCUUCAGGAGAAGACCAUAGAAAACAACAGUCAGAGAGAAGAGCUCAUUCAGCUUAAACAGGAGAACCAGCUGCUCAGGAAGGAACUGGUUCUAGCAGGUGAAGGUGAAAGCUGGAAGGAUGAGUUACUUGGACUCGCACGAUCAAAGCAAGAGCGCACAGAGUCCGAGCUCCUCUGUCUGCGACAGGUGUGUGAAAAACAGCAGAACGACCUGCAGUUAUUGAAGCUAAACCUAGAGAGCAGCAGAGAGACACUGAGACAGUAUGAAUGUCAGAGGUCACGGGACAGGGAUGAUUUUGUAGGAGGAGCAGAGUCAGGGCAUAGUACCCAUGAUGAACCUGAGAUAGAGGAGUCAGGAAAUCAGCAGUGCCAAAUCAAAGACACAAAUACAACUCCAGAGUCUACCACUGCCACCAGUGCCAGUGCAUCAGCUGACAUGAACCACACAGCCACCCAGACCUUGAGCAGGGAAGAUUUAACUUCUGCUGAGGAGGAGAAACCAGCAGACAGCAGCUGUGAAACUCCAGCUCAUUGCUGUGAAUGUGAGGGACCCAGAGCUAAGCCAGAUCCCAUAAUAAUCCAGUGUAGUAAUAGUGGAAGUGAAGUGGACAUCGUGGGUCUCAUUAACUGCAGUGAGACAGAGACAGAGGAGCAAGUGUUAGUGGUGGAUGUACGUAGAAAAGACCCGCAGAGCUCUAGCCCACUGGAUGUGACCUGUCUGUUUAUGGACUACCCCAUAUCAUCACCACGUAGUAUAAGGAGCCCGGUCCCUGUAGAGGCUGCAUCAUUAAACAUCACUGCCAGUGGCAGCCAGGAGGAGUACACCUCAUCCACAAGUCGUCUAAAGCGCUUGCUGGCAGACUCGCAGCAAAUGGUGGCCAGCCUGGAACGCUCAUCUAGAACAUCUCUGAGCCCCACCCCGAGCCCCACCUCUCACUGUAACCCGGGCUGCAGCCUCCACCAUAACCAUAACAAUGGCGGCAGUCACAACCACUCCCAGUCCUCCACAAAUACCCUGGAAGAAAAGCAGCAAAUCAGGGUUGUUGAUUCUGAAGUCCAGAGCGACCAGCAGCUCUUGGGACCUGAAGACUGUAGUCAACAGUCCCUUUGAUGCCAAUCUUCCAUUAAAACUCAGUGAUGGAGGACAUCACAUGGACAUCUCAAAACGUCUUAGCAGCCUCCCAGCAUUCCUUCACACUACUGUACAUGUGAAUAAAAUAUUUUGAAGGAACUCAAAGUUGGAUAUA